GUCCCCGCCGGUCCUCCCUCUCCAUCAGCUGGAAUAUGGCAGUGCUGAGCCCUGGGGAGCGCUGGGCUGAAGGUAACGAACCCUUCAAGCUGGUGGUUCCAUCGCCUCAGAGACUGGGCAGGCUGAGAUUCAGGCUGAGGAUCGGCCUUAAGCAUUGAUUGAUGAGCUCAGGAGAAAUGCAUGCACACCAGAGGAAAUGAGAGACAACUUUGAUUACUGUGGGUGUACUGACUGUAAGAGGAUAAAAAAGGAACAUCUCUGUGACAGUGGCAGGAGUCAGUCAGCGUCUGGGGAAGGUAGCAUGACCUACACAAAAGAACAGCUUCUUGGGGUACAAAGAAUAAAGAACAGUAAGAAUUACUAUGAGAUUCUAGGUGUUGGGAGAGAUGCUAAAGACGAAGAACUGAAAAAAGCGUACCGAAAACUUGCCCUGAAAUUUCAUCCAGACAAGAACUGUGCUCCAGGAGCAACGGAUGCAUUUAAAGCAAUAGGCACUGCUUUUGCAGUUUUGAGCAACCCUGAAAAGAGAUUACAAUAUGAUCAAUUUGGAGAUGAACAAGAGACUUGUUAUACCAACCUGCCCAAGCAUUAUAACUAUUACAGAGAGUUUGAAGCAGACAUCACACCAGAAGAAAUAUUUAAUAUGUUUUUUGGAGGGAACUUCCCAACAGGAAAUAUCCACAUGUUUUCAAAUUCGUCAAUGGAUCCCCCAUGUUAUCAGCCACGGAACAGGCAUGAUAGGACUUGGACAGAGGAAGAAGAGGAGGAAGAGACCAGACCACAGAAUUCAUACUCUGCAUUUAUCCAGUUACUGCCAGUUUUUAUUAUAAUAGUUGUGUCAAUAGUAACUCAACUGAUGGCAACUAACCCACCCUACAGCCUCUUCUUCAAGUCGACUCUUGGGCACACGAUUGUUAGAGAAACACAGAAUCUACAGGUGCCUUACUAUGUUGAUAAAAACUUUGAAAAUGACUAUAACGCCGAAGAGCUUGAAGAGCUUGAGAAACACAUUGAAAAAGAUUAUAUCGAUUAUAUCCAGACUAGCUGCAGGAAAGAAAAACAACAAAAAUCGGAGCUAUCAAAUUUGGCGAAGCUGUACAGAGAUGAGAGACUGAAACAGAAAGCAGAAUCUGUGAAACUUGAGAACUGUGAAAAGCUCUCCAAUCUCAUAGGACUACAAAGGAGCCGUCAGUGGGCAGAGGCAUGAAGGGAGCAGGGGCACUAACAGGCCACGUGUGCUAUCGGGAAGAAUUUCUUCUUGGUUCUGUUUUCCUUUUUAAACGAAGAGGAAAAGCAUAGCAUAAAGACUUAAUACUUAGUAUCCUCAUCCUCAUCCUCAUAAUGUACGUGGAGCUGAAUGAACUGAGCCAUAAGAGGCAACACUUACUGUAACGUAUACAGUAUAUUUGGUUCAGAGGCCCAGUAGUGUUUCAGUGUUAAUGAUUCCUUGGCGAUUUUAUUGCAUUCGGCAACUGUCUUCGUCUGAUCCUUUGCUGCCAUUCGGGGGCCUUGCAGACGUUUCCCGGGAACAUAGACCCCUCAUGCUCACUGGUAUUGCCGUAAGCAUAGAGCCCACAAAAUCAGACCAGUCACUCCCUGGACAUCUUACAUUGCCAUUUCCAUGUUCCUCUGAAGCUGCAGUUCAUCAGACUUUCAGCAAAAGAGAGAAGGGACAAGAUUUGGUUUUGAUAUAUAUAUCUGCUCUGUUUCAACAGAGCUUGCAAUGAAGGCAGCCUCAAGGAUGUAGCCCUAUUUAUAAACAGUCUCAUAGUAGAUAGAAAAACCUGGGCUUCAUGUUUUGGCCCUCAGGGUAACCUUGGGGCAUUCAGGUUUGGGACGCUAUGAUUUUUGUAUGUCCCCUGUCCAUGGAACAGCUACAAUUGCACUCGGAUGAGUUUCAUAUGCUGGGAUCUUGGAAUCUUUCAUGUAACAGGAGCUGGAAGAGUUAAUGAUUGAUCACAUCAGCUAUAUUAACAGUGCUAUAGAGUUUCUUUACACAUCCUUCACCAACGGCACUAUAUAGAAAUAGCUAUAUACAUGUUCAGAUUUGUAGCAGAUUGCAGCUACACUGCGACAUACCCUUAUUGAAAUAACAGUUUGAAUUCCUAAGAGGCAUUAUGAAAUAAAAAAAACUGCUUAAUUUGUAAACUUCUUUAAAAUACAGGC